AUGGAAAAAUAUCAUGGCUUGGAAAAAAUUGGGGAAGGUACAUAUGGUGUGGUUUACAAAGCUCAAAAUAAUUAUGGUGAAACAUUUGCAUUAAAAAAAAUAAGAUUAGAAAAGGAAGAUGAAGGGAUUCCUUCAACAGCUAUAAGGGAAAUUAGCAUUUUAAAAGAAUUAAAACAUUCAAAUAUAGUUAAGCUGUAUGAUGUCAUACACACAAAAAAAAGACUAAUAUUAGUUUUUGAGCAUCUCGAUCAAGAUCUUAAAAAACUUCUAGAUGUUUGUGAUGGGGGGCUUGAAACAAUAACGGCGAAAUCAUUUUUGCUACAACUGCUAAAUGGUGUAGCUUAUUGCCAUGAACAUAGAGUUUUGCACCGUGAUUUGAAACCUCAAAAUUUGUUAAUAAAUAGAGAAGGGGAAUUAAAGAUUGCAGAUUUUGGACUUGCCAGAGUCUUUGGGAUACCUGUGAGAAAAUACACACACGAAGUAGUAACAUUAUGGUAUAGAGCACCGGAUGUUUUAAUGGGAUCAAAAAAAUAUUCAACUCCAAUUGAUAUGUGGAGUGUUGGAUGUAUAUUUGCUGAGAUGGUAAAUGGUAGACCGAUUUUUCCAGGAGUAUCUGAAACUGAUCAGUUAAUGAGAAUAUUUAGAAUUUUAGGUACGCCAAAUCCACAAAAUUGGCCAAACGUGAUUGAACUUCCCAAGUAUGACCCGAAUUUUACCGUUUAUGAACCCCUGCCAUGGGAAUCAUUUUUAAAAGGACUAGACGAAACAGGAAUAGACUUACUCUCAAAAAUGUUAAAGCUUGACCCGAAUAAAAGAAUAUCUGCCAAAGAAGCUUUAGAGCACGCUUACUUUAAAGAAAAUAAUUAA